AUGACCUUUCAACUAUGUAUCAUUGGUGAUGAGACCAGGCUUGAUCCAAUGUCAUUCACAGCAUUCACUGUGUACAUAGUCUGUGUAGCUGAUGAACCGAAUGGACACCAAUGGAAUAUUUAUAGACGAUAUAGUCAGUUCCAUGAGUUGGAUCAGAGGAUUAGGAAUGCUUAUCCAAAGGUCAGACUACCAAAGUUACCAAAGAAGCACUUGUUUCGAACUGGAACAAACAGGGAGCUAGUCGAUGAACGAAGAGACCAACUACAACACUAUCUAAUGGACUUGGUCAAUUCCGAGGGUUUGGAAGACAGCCAAGAGUUGGCAGAAUGGUUAGCACCACAUAAUGAUCCUGCAUUUGCAUCAUUGACCAACCCUGAUAAGGAAGGAUUCCUACUCAAAGAGGGACAUGUACUCAUAAGAAGUUGGAAGAAGCGUUACUGUUUGCUCAAGGAUGGUCUCUUUUACUACUUCAAGCAUCAAUCAGACUCUGAACCAGCUGGAAUGAUUCCAAUAGUUGGAAGUACAAUUAGAAGACUUGGAGAGAUUGAUAAGCAGUAUAUAUUUCAGAUUGUUCAUAUUCAAGGAAUGUUCCCAUCGUUGACACUACAGGCGAGAAGUCAUCAUGAGUGCAAUUCAUGGAUUCAGGUCAUUGAGGAAUCACAAACAAGAUUGGAAGAGGCACGUCUUUUACAGGCAGCUGAAGAGGCUGAGUUGGAGAGACAGAAGUGGUCCAACAACAAUGGUGCACUCAUCAAGAAAUCAGAGUCAUUCGAGUACUUGGCCACAAGUGCAUCGGCGCCCACAUCACCAUCGCGUCCAUCCAACAUGCUCCUGGGAGUGGGCCGACGACAUCAUCUUCACCACCUGGCCAUGGCCAACACAGGCAACGCCAACAACAUCAACAACAAUGCAGAUAAUGAUCACAUGUGGCUGACACAGCCACUCUCACACUCACUCAAUGAUAAGGCCCUGCGGCUAUCCACAUCCACAUCAUCGUGUGGCAGCAGCAGCAGCCCUUGUCUAUUGGAGGAGGAUGAUGGCCAACUGUCAUCACAAUUGUACAAUCAUUCACAUGUAAAUACUACAACUACCAACAGCCACUACAUCAACAAACCCUACGCAUCAAAGCCCCCAGUAUCAAUUGGAGGCUCUCCCACCAACUCCUCCUCACACUCAUCGGCCUCCCCACUCUUUGCCUUUGGCACACCACUCAACCAACUUCUUUACCAAGCUCAACAUCAACAACAGCAUGAUAUGCUGCCCGAUCCAUUGGCCAUGACUGGGUCAAAGAAUGGCACGCCAUCGCCAUCUUCAACAAUCAAUCACACAAGGAACAGGUCAUCGCCAGCCGUCAUGCCAGUGCCAUUAACAAGUGGAAGGCCAAACAGCAACAGGACGCGAGCUCUCACCAUGCCAGUCAAGCCAGACGACACAGUCUUUAGCGAGAGCAACUCGACUAGUGGCUCUCGCAGCGGUGGUGGACGAUCCCGCUCCAACACUGCCAGGGGUCGCUCACACAAGACUGAUGUCACGCCAUCAUUUGACAUCAAUCAGAGACUGUUCUCAUCCAAGCACAUAGUCGACACAAAGAUGGACGCGUUCAUACAUUCGGUGCCAAGUGAUGUGGCGUCAAACCCCGAUGUGGAGGAUACCUUCUUGGGCAUCAAGCUCAUCGCGAGCAGGAUCAAGGCCAUGAGCGUGUCUGAGCAACGCGAGCAAUGUAGGAACAUCGUGCAGUCGAUCCAGAGCCUGUUUUUGGAGCAUUCCAAGGGCGCGAGGACUGCCCCCGCCAACUUGGCACCAAGUACAUUGAUCUAUAGGAUGCUGUUCAUCUUCUCAGAGUUUGCCCGUGUAGUCGAUGUGCUGACCGACUCGACCAAGUUGAGCGCCAGCGAUGAAUCCGUCAACCCGCUGGCGUUCUCCACAUCCGGCCUCUACAGCCAGCGACUGUCCAAGAGUUUGACCAACCUCAACAGCAUCAGUCCGACCAACCCGCUUCAAGCUCUGUCCAAUCUUCCGGCAAACCAAGGAACAAACCCAGUUGCAAACUCAACUGGCAACUCCACAACGCCACUCCUCAACUCUGCAGAUGGGAUACAGGACGUCGACUAUCAGUUCACAAACAAUGGCGCUGAUAUCAACAGGUUAGACAAGAGCUCAGGUUUGGCCGAGAUGAUGCAGAGUAACAGGUGGGUGUUGAGUGCGUCCACGUCAAGGGGCCAUGCCGAGGACACACUUGAGGUGGAUGUCCAACCCACGCCAGUAGACGACACAACUACAACAGCAUCAUCCAUGGCAACAGCAAGUUCAAACAAUAAUGUGGUUGCCACCAACAACACUACCAUGACCACGAUGGUGUGCCGCAUCUGCGAGGACACAUACAGGACCGAGCAGCUCAAGACACAUACUCAGCUGUGUGCUUUGACCAACAUGCACGACUUUAAGCACAACACACAUGAUCAACGUCUGCUGGCCAUGCUCAACUUGGCCAAGGGCAUCAUGAUGGACUCGCUGGUUGGACCCAGCGCCCACAUCGAUCCAUACUACAUCAACGACGACAUCAUCUCGCAUUUGGAGCACUACGUCGAGGAGAUCACACGUAUCAGUUAUGGUACGCCCGCUGCAGUAUGUCGAUGCCAAUCGGUCAUUGACUCCAUUGGCCAACUGAUCGAGGACCAUGCCGACGACAUGUCAUUCAUGACGAUUGGCAAGCGAAUGUGUCGCAUUAUUGAACAGAAGAAGGCGACCUACGUGCAGUACACGCAGGUCCAGCAGACGGCGGCCGACGCCGAGCGCAGGGCCACAAAGACAGGACGCAAGCGACACCAAGGAUGGUCGAGUGUUCCAGUGACUGUUGAGCAGCCAACCCCGGCAUUGGAGUCAUCUGGUGGACCCAACAGCAGCGUGUCGAUCGCAGACUUUGAGAUAAUCAAGCCUAUAUCGCGAGGCGCAUUUGGUCGUGUGUACUUGGCGCAGAAGAGGAAGACAGGCGACUUGUACGCAGUGAAGGUGCUCAAGAAGUUGGACACGGUGCGCAAGAACAUGGCCGACCAUGUGGUGGUAGAGCGAAACAUCCUGGCCGCAGUCGAGAACCCAUUCAUCGUCAAACUGUUUUACGCAUUCCAGUCAACGGACAAGCUGUACCUGGUAAUGGAGUAUCUGAUUGGCGGUGACUGCGCCUCAUUGUUGCGUGCUCUAGGUUGCUUUGACGAGGCGAUGGCGCGACACUACAUUGCCGAGACCAUCCUGUGCCUGGAGUACCUGCACAAACAUGCCAUCAUUCAUCGUGAUCUCAAGCCCGACAACAUGCUGAUCGACUCCAAGGGACACAUCAAGUUGACCGACUUUGGCCUGUCCAAGAUUGGAAUACUCGAUGACAAGCAGUCCCAGGCUCAGACAGAGUCGCCACAUUCACAACCCGCAUCGACAUCAUCUUCCCCAACGACCUCGCCUAUGGUCAUGGGCAUCGCAGCCACCUCCAACAUGUUGGCCGCAGUCCCGCCCAUCAACUACCCAAGCAAACAACAGACAACGAAUUUGAAGAAGAAGGUGAAGAAGGUGGUGGGCACGCCCGACUACCUGAGUCCAGAGAUCCUCCUGGGCACGGGCCACGGCACUCCAGUGGACUGGUGGGCGCUGGGUAUCAUCUUGUACGAGUUCCUGACCGGCGCGCCACCCUUCAACGACGAGACGCCCGAGCUGAUCUUUGAACACAUCCUGCAGAAUGACCGCGAGCUGGAGUGGCAAGACGUAAGCGACGAUGCCAAAGACCUGAUAUGCUCGCUACUCAAUCCCAAUCCCAGCCUGAGACUCGGCGCCAAUGGUGCCAACGAGGUGAAGAGGCAUCCAUUCUUCAAGAAUGUCGACUGGAGCACAUUGAUCGAUCAGGACAUGGACGGCAUAUUUGUGCCAAAGCCAGAGAGCGAGUUGGACACAGACUACUUCUGGGACAGGCAGUCGAUUUACAAUGACAGUCUGGGGAGCGAUGACAAUCUGGCCGCGCCAUCGACGCCAGCCAUCAACAACCCUGACAUGGAUGGGCUCAUCAAAGACGACUUUGAUGAUGAAGAUGAUGAAGAUGUCAGACGUGGUCAACUUAUUGGAUCGGGUGCAUCACAUGGAAGUGGUAGCUUCCAGCCUCAGACCCUGUCAGAGACCAGCCUACUGAACUCAUCGAUUGGCGACGAUCUGGAUCCAGUUCAAUUGGACAUCAAGGAGCACGAUCCCAUCACCUUUGGCAACUUUUCAUUCACCAAUAUCAAUCAUCUGAAGGAUAUGAACAACUUGUUCUUGAAACAAACAAACAACAAUCAACCAUCAAACACAACAACAAACUCUAGGCAGUAG